AUGGCCGAUCAAAUUCGUGCUCUCGAAGACAACGGGACUUGGGUUGUUCAGUCACUACCAACUGGGAAGAAACCCAUUGGAUGCAAAUGGGUUUUCAAGAUUAAAAGACAAGCAGAUGGCACUCUGGAUGUCAACAAUGCUUUUCUCCAUGGGAUCUUGGACGAAGAAGUUUACAUAUAUCUCUUCCGCCUAGUUUUCGUUCGGGCACUACUGGCCAAGUUUGUCGGUUGCAGAAGUCUUUAUAUGGCCUUCGUCAAGGCCUCCCGCAAUUGGAUUAUCUUCAUCAGUGCUUCCGAUCCUUGCCAAGACCACUGGGAUGCUGCCAUGCGAGUGCUCCGCUAUCUCAAGCAAUCUCUGGGACAAGGAAUAUUUCUCCAACCGACCUCUCUGUCUUUAACAGCUUAUUGUGAUGCAGAUUGGACCAAUUGUCCUAUGACUAAGCGGUCUCUAACAAGCUAUUUCAUUACCUUAGGCGGCAGUCCCAUCUCUUGGAAGACCAAGAAGCAAACGACAGUCUCCAAAUCCUCAGCUGAAGCGAAAUAUCAGUCCAUGGCGGUGAUUGUUAGUGAGCUCUUAUGA